AAAAUCCAACAACUUCCGCUUGUAAUGCGCGGUGCAGUGCGCCGUUUGCUAGUUCAAAACUGCACACUGUGGGUAACGACGCCAUAUUUGAUUUCUCUAAAUAAAUUUCUAUUUCAUGGAUAAGGACGAUAUAACUGAAAACAAUGAUCAUAAUUUCAAAAUACAGUUUACGAGUUUUGUGCGUGAAUAUUGUGCAGGGUCUCACAACAGCUACACUUUAAAUGCAAAGAAAAGAGAAAGGGUUUUAAAAUGUUUAAGAAAUUCCAGGGAAGAGCCGAGCGCAAGAUUCCGUUUCUGGGUACGAGCUAAAGGUUUCCGAAUCGUCCAAUCUGCAGAUGGAGAAGAUAUUUUGGCACUCCCACCAAAAGGAAACGAUCCGAAUGAUACAUUAUUUAAAAGAGUUGCAAGCAUUGAUGAAUUCUUUGAUAUUAUUUAUGCUGCACACUCAGAAAAUGGACAUGUUGGGCAAUCUCAGACCUUUCGUGCAAUCAAAGCAAUGUAUGCUUUGGUGCCUCGUAUUUUGGUCAUUAAAUUUAUUGAAAUGUGCCCACAAUGUUCCAAUACUCAUUCAUAUGCAUCAAGGAAGCGAGGUUCAUCCAUGCAGGAUAACUUGAUCAGUCCAGAUAAAUUAGCCGGUCAGACACACAAUCCAUUUUCUGUGGUGAAAAGGGACCCUGAUGAAUUAGAGGCUGAAGAGUUUGAUGAAACCGAAGCUAAUAUACACCUGUGUGCCACAGAGGUUUCAUCAAAUCAACAGGAAGUGGCUAAUGCCUUGAAUGAUCUUCUGGCUGGCAAAAUAUCUGGGGGUGAAAUAGAAACUGUGGUUCACAUUCAGCCUGAGGAGUCUCGCACCAACCCUGAUGUUUUGUUCUCCUGCCAUCUGUGUAAAGAGGUCUUCAAAAAAAAGAAAGCUCUGCAAAAACACAUUAAAAAUCAUCAAGAUUUUAGGCCUUCAGUGCCACUUCAGAAAGCUUCCCCCGCUUUGAAGAAAAGGAAAUUUAAUGUUGGUUUCAGUUCAACUUACCCAAUGAAGGCCAGGCGGAUAGGUGUUGCACGCAGACGAGUAAUCAUUGAUGUAGAUUCCAGCCCUACUGCUGCACAGGCCAUUGUACUAGCAGCCCUAAGACCAGACAUAGAAUUAAUGGCCAUCAACUGUGUUGCUGGAAGAGUGUCUGUUCUCAAUGCUUGUGAAAAUGCACUUAGAGUGUUACGCGCUUGUGGCAGAGAAGAUGUCCAUGUUUGCAGAGGAGCCGAGAAAUCUAUACUGGGUCUGACUGGUAAAGAGGAGAAUUUGCCAGGAGGGGCCUGGUCAAGGAAGGUUGAAGGACACAUCCAAGCUGAGCACUCUGUCUCAUCACUCAUUCGUUGUGUUAAUGAAAAUCCUGGAGAGAUUACUCUUAUUUGUCUCGGCCCCCUAACCAAUCUAGCCUUAGCAUUGAGACUUGAUCCAAUGGUGGCUGUUCACUUAAAGGAGCUAUACAUUAUUGGAGGGAAUAUUGAAGGUCAAGGUGAUCUGUCACUCUGUGCUGAACAAAACUUCAUGUUUGACCCAGAGGCUGCACAUAUUGUGUUACAAGAGAUAAAAAAUGCAUACAUCCUGCCUUACGAGAUAAGCCAUAGACACUGUAUUCCAUUUAGGCAUUGCAUAUCUUGGUUAAAUACUGGCACGGACAUUGCAAGUUUUCUCAUUGAGUGUUUCACACCAGAAGAGCUCACACAGCAGGCGAAGUCAGGGAUGAUCACCCCUGAAGUUUUUGCCGUUGCCAUGGUGAUAGACUCCACCAUCAUUCUGGAGAAAGAAAAAGUCUACUGCACGGUUGAACUGAAAGGAGAGCACACCAAGGGCCUUAUGAUUGUGGAUAGGAGAGGCUAUCUCCACAAACCACCCAACCUGUUUGUUGUGAAGAAUAUGGAUUUGGGGAAAACCCAAGCCUUGUUUGGUGCUAUUUUUACCACUCCUGAGAUGUCAGAGCCUCUGUCACCUGUAUCUCUGGCAGGUCCUGUUAGAGACCAUGUCCCUGUUCUGUAUAAGGAAACAAGAAUGAAUAUUGUGUAAGCUAGGUCUUUUUACAUGGUAGAAAAGAGAAUGCCCAAGUUAAUUGUGCUUGAAUUUAAAAAAAAAUAAUAUGAUUAAAAAAUUAAUAGGGAAAAAGUACCCUUCAUAUCUGACUGUCUUUUGGGCAUUUGAGUGUAAGUUUAUAUUUGAUCACUAAUGAUCAUGAAAGGGAAUUUUUUUAACUGCAAACUUUCAAGUUUUUUUUGUUACCACAAUUAUAAUUUGUCGUAUUUUUAAUGCAGUAGUCAACUAAGGACUACAACCCUUGAUUUAUUAGAAUAUUUAUUUCCACCAUGAGUUGUUGUUCUUGUUUUUUUUAAAAAUCUCAGCGUGAAUACAUACCUUUUUUUGCAGUGUAUAUAAACGUUUGAUAAAAAGUGGUUGAAAUUAUUUUUAAAUAGCCAAUUCAGAUCAUUAACAUUUAAAGUAAAAAAAAACUAAGACGUUAUUUUAAAAGAUUACUUCUUUAUGUUAAACAAUUUGUUUUAUUAUUGUACAGUCUCCAACUUAACAUGCUUAUUAGUAAAAUAAGUUGUACAGCUUGAUCAUGUAUUGCAGCAAGAAAAUGGCCAUGUACAUGUUAAAUUUUAAAAUGUUGACUUAUUUUAACUCAUGUAAAAGCAUUUAUUUAAAAAAAAUAUUAUUGCCAACUUUGUAUCUUGUGAAUAUGCUCAGUUUUAAUGAGCUUGCAUUGAUCUUGUAUGUCUGUGAUAACCUUUGCAAUUACUGCUUGUGUCAAAGAAAAACAUGUUCAGCAGUUAGGGAAUUUUUUUAUAUAAUGUAGUUACUUUGAUAUUUUCAUAGGUAAUUGUAUAUCCUUUAUGCACAGUUUUUUCCUGUUCAAACUAUUUUGUUGUAACAAAGAUGAAAACUUGUAUCAGUUUCUUAAAAAAAACAUUGCAAAGCCAGUAUCAACAACAAAACAAUUUUGAAAUUGAAUUGACUAUUUUAAAAUGAGGACACCUGUACAUAAUGUUCAUAAAAAUGGUUCGUGCUGUUGCUUAUAAUUGAAAAUAAAAAAUUUAAACAUUCACAGAUGCUU